AGUACAGCACCGAAGAUACGGAUACCGACUCCCCGUACGUCUUCUCCGACAACGGCGACGUCUCGGAAUUGAUGGAUUCCACGUAUUCCGAUUGCUGCGAGUUCGAGCCCCGAGGCUCCCCCCCGUUGAAGCAGAGGGACGCCGUUCAAGUGACGUGGAACAUGAGUGAAUCUAACGUACCCGUUCAUUCUUCAACGUACACGGCCCUCAGGCGAUUCCCGGAGAAACGCGUCGAUUGUAAAUAUAACCCAGGGGCCAGGUUCCGCCAAAAUCUCUGCGGAGAAAGAGGUGUCGCUAAAAGUAAAGAUCCUGACAGAGUGGCCAGACAAGGUUCGGUGCCACUCAAGUACAAAGCUCCGCCAAGACUUCAAAGACACAAAACGACACUUCAGUCGACACAGCAGCCGGUCUUCACGCAGAAACCCACGACGGAUGACCAGCCACGUGAGGGUCAGUUCAACUCUGACCAUUUCACCGCGUCCAGCUCCGACCUGAUCGAAGGUGAUCGCGUACGGAAACCGGAGGUGAAAGCCGACGGUUACCAAGGAGGGAACCGAGGAAAUGCGGUGAUGGACGAGAUAGAGGCGGAGAUGGGUGAUGUACUGGACAGCCUCUUCCAGUCGCAGUACAACAUCGCUAUCAGAGUGGAAGCCCUGAAGGAAGACCUCAUGCGGCAGGUGGCGAGACUCCAAGCCCCGCCCAAACCAGUGAGUUUUGUUAACGAGCCAAUAGCGCGACCUGUGGCCAAGUGGGCGGGGACUUACUAUGACUACAUUAUGAUGGUCGGGUUUAUGGUCGUGCAGUUUGUCUUUCAGUUUGUAAUUGUGAGAAAAUACUAGCGAAGACACAACAUAAAACAGAUAUGUUCUAGAAGUCUGGAACAAUCAAAUAUCGCAAAGGAAGUCUGGAACAAUCAAAUAUCGCAAAG